CAAAAAAAUAGCACAAAAUAAUAAAAAAAUAGAAAAAGCUUUUAAGACCACUUUAUAACAAAUAUGGUGACCACACAUGCUUUAUAUAAGAAAUGACUACUCUAUUUUUUCUCUUUUGACAAAAAGAAAAUCCAGCUACCACUUUCAACAAGUCUCUUCUCCCAAACACAUUCCUCUGUGCUAACCAUGGAAGGUUUGAUUUUCUCUGUUGAAGUCAUAGGGACCAUCAUUUCAGUGCUGAUGUUUCUUUCUCCAGCAAGAACAUUUUGGAGAAUUGUAAAACAUGGUUCGACAGAAGACUUUGAGAGCCUUCCAUACAUUUGUACACUGCUAAGCUCAUUGUUGUGGACUUACUACGGUUUGACCAAGUCAGGAGAAGUGGUUGUGGCCAUUGUCAAUGGUUUUGGGAGCCUUGUGGAGAUAAUCUACGUUUCCUUGUUUCUUAUUUAUGCUCACCCAAAGAUGAGGGCAAAGACAGGCAUUUUGGUGGGAAUAUUGGAUGUGGGUUUUUUUGGAGUAGCCAUUUUAGUAACUCAGUUAGCUAUGGACAAAGAUGCUCGUAUUAAUGCAAUGGGGUUUCUGGGUGCUGGCCUUAAUAUCAUCAUGUAUGGAUCACCUCUUGCUGCCAUGAAAACUGUGGUGACGAGGAAGAGCGUGGAGUACAUGCCAUUCCUUUUAUCAUUUUUUCAAUUUCUCAAUGGUGGAAUUUGGACUUUAUAUGCUAUUCUUGUACAAGAUUAUUUCCUCAUGGUACCAAAUGGAAUUGGGUUCAUGCUUGGAAUAGCACAGCUGGUACUGUAUGCAAUAUACAGAAAUUCAAAACCAUGCAUAAAUAAAAUUGUUGUAUCAGAUUCAGAUGCACUUCUGGAACAAGGCUGCCAAUCAGAAAGGCUCAUUACAUCCUCCUCUUCCUCCCACUAAGACAUAUAUAUAUAUAUAUAUACAUGUAUGUGUUUGGGAUAUAUAUGGAGAAUUCUUCAAGCCUAAUUGUGCAUAUUUAGCUGAAAGAUCAGCCACCAAUGGGUGCUCCUCUAGCUGAUCAGUGCUCCAUUGGAUCAGCCAAAGAGUAUCGGCUAUGAUCUGAUUAAUACAAAUUUAUGUUAAAGAAUUUAAAUAUACAUUUAUUGAAGAUUUGAAGGUGUGCUAUUUUUUUUGUUGUAAAGAUUGCAUCUUUAUUUGGAUUGUCUUCUUUUUGCUAGGAAGCGAGUCAAUUUUUUUUUUUAUUUCCCAUUUUUUUGUUUCCAAACAAGACUUGGGAAGAGAUUAAAUUAUGGACAAGUAUCCUAUUAUGAUUCAAUGAACAGAGAAUGGGACAGUGGGGUUAGAACAAAGAUUUAGCAAAAGUAAAAAGGGUAGAUACUCAUAUGGUAUUCAUGUUUUAUCAAAAUACAAAUUUGGUACUAUUUGUUUA